UAAUUCACGCGACUGACAUAUGCUCACACGAGGAAGAUUGUUGUCAAUUUAGCGUCUCUCAAAGUAACAAUAUACGGUCUAGUUUAUGUUUUUGGUGUUUCGUUUUUAACUAAGCCGGUAAGAAUGGCCACGUUUGAGUCUCUCGGGCUGUCUGAGUGGCUGAUCCAGCAGUGUAAGCAGAUGGGCAUCAGCCGACCGACCGCUGUACAGGAGAAGUGUAUCCCUGCUAUAUUAGACGGUCGGGAUUGCAUGGGCUGUGCAAAAACUGGAAGUGGAAAAACAGCAGCAUUUGUUCUUCCGGUACUGCAGAAGUUGUCCGAGGACCCUUAUGGUGUUUUCUGCUUAGUGUUAACACCCACCAGAGAGCUUGCUUACCAAAUUGCAGAACAAUUUCGAGUUUUAGGGAAGCCACUUGGUUUAAAAGACUGUAUCAUUGUGGGAGGAAUGGACAUGGUUACUCAGGGUUUGGAGUUGUCAAAAAAGCCACAUGUUGUUGUUGCCACACCGGGACGACUUGCUGAUCACAUUCGCAGCUCUGACACAAUUAACCUGAACAGAAUCCAAUUUCUAAUCAUGGAUGAAGCUGAUCGUCUUCUGGAGCAGGGCUGUACUGAUUUUACUAAAGAUUUAGAGGUCAUUCUCAGUGCGGUGCCAGUAAAGCGGCAGACUCUUCUGUUCAGUGCCACGCUCACAGACACGCUGCAGCAGCUGCAGAGCAUCGCUAUGAACAGGCCCUUCUUCUGGGAGCAUAAAUCAGAUGUGCAAACAGUGAAAGAACUGGAUCAGAGAUUCAUCCUCACUCCUGAGAAAGUUAAAGAUGCUUACCUGGUCCAUCUCAUCCAAACCUUCCAGGAUGAACAUGAUGAUUGGUCUAUCAUAAUAUUCACCAACACAUGCAAGAGCUGUCAGAUACUCACUAUGAUGCUGCGGGAAUUCAAUUUCCCAACCAUCUCUCUGCACUCAAUGAUGAAGCAGAGACAGCGUUUUGCCAACCUUGCAAAAUUCAAGUCUAACGUCUUCAAAAUUCUCAUAGCCACAGAUGUUGCUGCCAGGGGUUUGGAUAUUCCCACAGUUCAAGUUGUUAUUAAUCACAACACACCCGGUUUGCCAAAAAUCUACAUCCACAGAGUAGGACGAACCGCUCGAGCUGGCCGGAAUGGAGUAUCAAUCACUCUAGUUACACAGUAUGACAUUCACCUUAUCAAUGCCAUAGAGGAACAAAACCAGACGAAACUGAAAGAGUUUCCUAUUGAAGAAAAAGAGGUGCUGAAGAUCCUUACGCAGGUCAAUGUAACGAGACGGCAGUGUGAAAUUAAAUUAGAGUCGACAGAUUUUGAUGAGAAAAAGAAGAUAAACAAAAGGAAGCAGAUGAUUUUGGAUGGAAAAGAUCCUGAUUUGGAAGAAAAAAGGAAAAAUGAAUUAGAGAAGAUCCGAGGAAAAAAUAAGAAACUCAAAGGAAAAAACCCCCAGAGCAAAAAGGAAAAGAAAAAACAUGAGAAAAGUGCAAAAGCGACAGAAGUUGGCUCUUAAUUUCCUCUCUUUUGUACAAUUUAAUAUUAUGUAUAUAGCGUGAAUAUGCUUAUAUUUAAUAAACAUGUGAUGCAGUGUUGACUGUGUUGCUACAUGAAUGAA